AACAAAUUUUUGGUUAAAAUGUUAAAUCAUUGGUUCAGUGUCCGCUAAUUUAUCUUAAAAUGUAUCACGUGUUUCUAGAUUAAUUCUUAACCUUAAACAAUAUCACCGGAAUUUUUGAAGAAGCAUUAUUAAUUGUUACAUAUGUCUUGUAGGUACUGUAAACGAAACAAAACAAUGAAUGGCUUGCAAAUUCUUUUUUUACUUUACACAUUAAUGUGUACAUGUAAAAGUUAUAAAAUUCUAGCCGUACUUCCAAUGCCUAUGCACAGUCAUUACACUUUAUCAUCUAUUCUCGUAGACGAGCUUGUAAGUAGAGGGCAUGAAGUCACCUUCGUCACCCCAUUUCCAAGACACAAGGAUGUCGAGAAUUUGAAAGAAGUUUCUGUGGAAGCUGUAAUCUCAGCAUUAGACGGUGUCAAGAAACAACUGUAUAACCUCAACGAUUUAUCAGUUUUCGGUAGUGUACAAUUUUUGACAAAAAUGGGUUAUAUCAUGACCGAAGACGUUUUAAAAAACUCAAAUGUACAACAGCUCUUACAAUCUAAAGAAAAGUACGACGUUGUUAUUAUUCCUCAGUUUCUGAACGAAGGUUUAUUAGGGAUUGGGUGCCAUUAUAAAACUCCUGUCGUUCUUAUAGCACCAAUGCCUCUUUUCGCUUGGGGCAGUUUCGUUCUUGGACUACCGUCUCCAUCCUCUUACGUACCGAACCUUUUAACCCCCUAUACAGGACACAUGGAUUUUUGGCAACGUUUUUACAACACCUUUUACGACAUUUGCUCAAUUCUGUACCACCAAUACAUAAUUCUUCCAAAACAUAGAGAACUAGUACGAAGAUAUAUACCAACCAAGCCAGAUUUGUAUAGUUUUCUCAACAACGCGAGCUUAUUAUUAGUUAACUCACAUGUGAGUUCAUAUGAUGCAACACUACAAGUACCAAAUGUUGUGGAAAUUGGUGGUCUUCAUAUAAAAGAACCGAAGAAACUGCCACAUGAUUUGCAAGAAUUUUUAGAUAAUUCCAAAAAUGGUGUUAUAUUGUUUUCCAUGGGUUCUAAUUUGAAAUCGUCUUCUUUAGACGGAAAGAAAAGAAAUGCAAUUCUUGGAGCUUUUUCUAAACUGAAAGAAAAGGUGUUGUGGAAGUGGGAAAAUGAUAGUCUUCCUGGACAACCCAAAAACGUUAGAUUAAUGAAGUGGGUGCCACAGUGUGAUGUUUUGGCUCAUCCUAAUGUUAAAAUAUUCAUUACGCAUGGAGGACUGUUCAGUACUAUGGAGAGUAUAUAUCACGGAGUACCUGCAAUUGGAAUUCCAGUUUUUUCGGAUCAGAAGUUGAAUAUGGCUACUGCUGUUUCUAAUGGUUAUGCCCUAGUAGUACCUUUUGACAAGUUAACCGAAAGUAAAUUAAGCAAUGCGAUUAAUGAAGUUUUGAAUAACCCCAAGUAUAAAAAUAAUGCGAUGAAACGAUCGAAAAUAAUCAAGGACCGACCCGUAAAACCGUUAGAUCAUGCUAUUUAUUCCAUCGAAUAUGUAAUUCGUCACCAGGGAGCUUCACAUCUUAGGUAUUCUGGGAUGGACUUAAAUUGGUACCAACGGAACGUUCUGGAUGUUGUUGGUCUCGUAUUGAUCACACUGGUAGCUACAUUAUGUUUAAUUUGUAUAGCUUUGAAAAAGAUUUGUAAUUUAUGGCUAACAGAAGAACGUAUAAUUAAAAAAAUGAAUUAGAUCCAUUAAUUUUUAGAAUAACUUGGUGAGAGAAAACUAUGAUUUAGAUCAAUUUGUCCUUGUGUAUCUAAAAAAAUAAUAAAAUAAAUUAAAGGCAACUUAAUAUAAGCAA